GUGAGUGUGUCCAAAUGGUGAUCUAAUUUGGAAAACCAAGAAAAAGAAGAUCAGCUUACUCAACCAUCAUGGCUAGCAGAAUCCUUCCCAUCUCAAAGAUUGCAAUUCUGUCCCUCUUCAUUUGCGUUGCCCUAGUUUCGGCAGAUAAAGAAGAAGAAGAAUAUGGGCUCGUGAGAGACGGGGAUGAUAAAAAGCAUUUUCUUGGCCACAAAAUGGAAAAGCUCAGCCACUUCCGGUUCUACUGGCACGACACAUACAGCGGCAAAAACCCUAGCGCCGUGACGAUAGUAAAACCGCCGGCCAACCAUACAACUAUGACCGGGUUCGGAACGGUGACCGCGUUUGAUGAUCCGUUGACCGCAAAGCCAGAGCUGAGCUCCAAGUUGUUGGGAAGGGCCGAAGGGUUUUAUGCAGUAUCUUCACAAGAAGAGUUUUCCCUGCUGAUUGCGAUGAACUUUGUUUUUCUUCAAGGAAAGUACAAUGGCAGUACUAUUUCUAUUUUCGGGAGGAAUCGCGUCCCCGACAAGGUUCGAGAGUUGCCGGUCAUCGGCGGCAGCGGACUUUUCCGGUUUGCUAGGGGUUAUGCUCAGGUCAGCACUUACAGCUAUGAUACUGCCUCUGGGGACGCCGUGGCUGAGUAUAAUGUCUAUCUACUCCAUUAUUAAACUAAAACAUGCAUGUGGCCACGCCGUUGUUGCUUUGUUCACUGUUUGUUUAAUUUCCUUUUGUCUUGGCUUUCAAUAAAAUAUAUUUACUUUCA